ACUUUAAGGACGGCAAUGGGCCAACGAAAUGAAAACAUACAUUGAAUUGUGAUUAAGCAGCAAUUAAUAAAAUGGAAAUAACAAAUAUCCCUUCUCAUUUCAACCAGGUAAGCUGCAUCAAUCCACUCAGGCCCCAGCAGGAAUAAAUGCUCCCAUUGUAUUCACAAUACCUCUUUUCCAUGACCUGCUAUAUCACUGGAUUUCCAUGACAUUUCAUACACAACCUUCUCAUGAUCUUUUGUUUUACCACUUCGUGUUACCAACAUCAUGCAUUAGAGAAUCAGUAGUACUGCUGAGUUGUAAUCAGGCUUAAUUACGUGCAUACACCGUUACUUCUUCCAUGGCCUUGCAAGGAGCUUCUUCUUCUUCUUCCUUUUUUUCUUUCACCGACCGCUGGGCAUACGAUGUAUUCUUGAGUUUUAGAGGUGAAGAUACUCGCAAUAAUUUUGCUACCCAUCUAUAUGAUGCUCUAGAUCGAAAGGGAAUCAACACUUACAUAGACUAUGAACUUAGAAGAGGAAAGGAAAUUUCACAGGCACUUCUCAAAGCUAUUGAAGAAUCGAGAAUUGCGAUCAUUAUACUCUCUCAAAACUAUGCAUCAUCCACAUGGUGCUUAGACGAGCUGAUGAAGAUCCUUGAUUGUAAUAAAACAUGGCAACAAAUCAUUCUUCCUGUGUUUUACAACGUAGAUCCAUCAGAAGUACGACAUCAAAGAAAGAGUUUUGGUGAAGCAUUUGCAAAACAUCAACAUAGGUUUAAUGAUGACAUGAAGGUGCGGAGGUGGAAGGAAACACUCGAAGAGGUGGCCAACUUGUCCGGGUUUCAUUUAGGGAACAGGAACGAAUCUGAAUUUAUCAACGAAAUUGUUGAAGAGGUUUUGAGAAUAGUAAAUCGUAUAUACUUAAGCGUUGCCAAGUAUCCAGUUGGAAUAGAAUCUCAUAUAAAAGAUAUUAAUUUGCUUCUAAGUAUUGGGAUGAAUGACAUACGCAUGAUAGGGAUCCUUGGAGUUGGUGGAAUUGGAAAGACAACCAUCGCCAAAGCAAUCUACAACUCAAUUGCUUAUCAGUUUGAAGCUAGCUGUUUUCUUGCAAAUAUUCGAGAAACUUCAAAUCGAGAGGGUGGUCUAAUGCACCUGCAGGAGACACUUCUUUAUGAGAUCUUAGGAGACUCUAAGAAUUUCAAAGUUGGUAGUGUUGAUAGGGGAAUCAAUGUGAUAAAGCAUAGGCUCUGCUCUAAAAAGAUUCUACUGAUUCUUGACGAUGUGGAUAAGUUGGUCCAAUUAGAAACUCUAGCCGGAGAUCAUGAUUGGUUUGGUUUAGGAAGUAGAAUCAUCAUAACAACAAGAGAUCAAAAUUUAUUGACUAGUCAUGAAGUUGAUUCAACAUACAUGAUGAAUGAGUUGGAUCACGACAAAGCUCUUCAGCUCUUUAGUUUACAUGCCUUCAAGAGAGAAAAGCCUAUUGAUGAUUAUGCAGAACUAACAGAAGAUGCAGUAAGAUAUGCAGGGGGUCUUCCACUAGCUUUAACGGUUCUAGGUUCAGAUCUAAAAGGUAGAAGCAUACAUCAAUGGAAAAGUGCAUUGGAUAAGCUCAAGAGAAUUCCUAACAAAGAUAUUCAAAUGAUACUUAGAACAAGUUAUGAUGGAUUGGAUGAUAAUGAGAAGGAUAUUUUCCUUGAUAUUGCUUGUUUCUUCAAAACAAAAGAUGUAGAUUAUGUCAUCAAAGUAUUAGAUAGUUGUCGUUUCUUUCCAGAUGAUGGCAUUCAAAGGCUCAUGGAUAAGUGUCUCAUAAGUGUUGAUGAGAGUGGAAAAUUGUGGAUGCAUGACUUGCUACAAGAUAUGGGUAGAGAAAUUGUUCGACAAGAAUCACCUAAAGAACCUGGCAAACGUAGUAGAUUAUGGUUUCAUGAAGAUGUUCGUUAUGUACUAGAAGAAAAUACGGUAAGAGAGUAAAUGAAGAAAA